AUGAUGUCCCUUCUCAAUAGCUCAGACUUUACAUUCUCUAGCUUCCUGGUUACAGGAAUCCCUGGACUAGAGGGUAUGUAUAUGUGGCUCUCUAUCCCCUUUACCAUGUUGUUCUUUAUGACCCUGGCAGGCAACAUCACUAUUAUGUUGGUUAUCUGGACUGACAGAAGCCUCCAUGUGCCCAUGUACCUAUUCUUGGCAAUGUUGUCAGCCUCAGACCUAGGUUUGUCUAUCUCUGCAUUUCCUACAAUGCUAAAGAUCUACUGGUUGCAAGCUCGGGAAAUAAGUUUCCCUGCCUGUUUCACCCAGAUGUUCUUCAUCCAUACUUUCCAGAAAUUUGAGUCAGCUGUGAUUCUGGCUAUGGCUUUUGAUCGCUAUGUGGCUAUUUCUAAACCCUUGCAUUAUGCCUCCAUCCUUACAAGUGGGGUAAUAGCCAAGAUUGGCUUGGCAAUUUUAUUACGGUCACUUGCAGUGGAGAUACCCCUUCCCAUAUUGCUGAGGAGGCUACGCUUCUGUCAUUCUAAUGUCCUCUCUCACUCAUACUGCCUCCAUCCAGACAUCAUCAAGCUCUCCUGCUCAAACACUAGGAUAAACAGCAUCUUUGGCUUGUUUGUUAUUCUGUCCACCAUGAUUGUUGACUUCCUCCUCAUUCUCUUUUCCUAUGUCCUCAUUCUGAAGACUGUCCUGAGUAUUGCAUCCCAUGGUGGGCGUCUCAAAGCCCUUAACACCUGCAUCUCCCAUCUCUGUGCUGUGGUCCUUUUUUUCACACCUAUGAUCAGUUUGUCUAUGCUCCACAGGACUGGACUAAAACUUCCCUCCCAUGUUUAUGUGCUGUUGGCUAACAUGCACUUCCUCAUUCCCCCUGUGAUGAACCCCAUUGUCUAUGUGGUGAAAACCAAGCAAAUUUGGGAUAGGAUCGUUAGGCUCCUUUGCAAGAAGCGAUCAGGAAAGUCCUAA